AUGGAUUCAACCGCAUCCUCCUUCCAAUCGACUACUCCAUUUGACUCCUCUGUGGAUUCAACUACUUCACCUAACUCCACCACCAGUGAGGAAGGGACCACUUCCACAGACCUAGAAACUUCUCGAAGCAGCUACUUUCCGUCUUCUGCAGACUCCUCCUCAUCUAGAUCUUCCAUGGAGCCCUCCAUAUCCUCAACAAUGAUAAGCCCCUCUGUGGACUCCAGUUCUUCUACAGUCUCAUCCAGUGGCAUGGAAGAUGAUGGCAUAUCCAUAGUCGUGGUGGUGAUAGUUGUUGGAUUAAUAUUGGCAGCCAUCUUAGCUACCUGUUGCUUCUUCUUCUUCUUUGUUUUAAAGCGUAAAGAGCCUCCUGUUCAGGAUCUCGAAGAACAGAUACCCAGAGUAAACGAAAGUGACUCGCUGUAUGAAAUAUCUAUACCAAGAGCUAGCCUUGUACCUUUCACACGGCAACUGACUCCGUGGGGCGUUCAGAAUCCUGUGACCAUCCGCGAUGAUGAGGCCGAAGAAUUACCUGAGGACAGUGGACGCAAUCCUUACGCCCUUGACCAGACGGAUCUUCACGAGUUUAGUUUGGAGAGAUUCCUGAGGGAUAUUCAGGAUAUCCCACCUUCUACUAUAUCGGGAUCCUUUAGACUUCCGAGACUGUGAAGAUAGAGGGGUGCAGUUUUUGAUACUACACCAAUGGCCCUUUCCUUUAUAUACUGUCUAUAUUAGUGCAUAUACAACA